AUUUCAAUGAAUUGCCCUAGCUAGCCGCCUCUGUGCCUUUUUCGUUACUGAUGCCCCAGUAAACCUAAUUUCUUCCCUCGCUUAUCUCAGAGCCGCACCGGCAUCUCCUUCCUCAUCCUCACCCAGUGAUUUCUGCUUUUGAAGCCAUAGCCGCAACACCAACACAGCUUAUUCUUCCUCCACUCGGUUUCAGUGAAGCUGCGGAGAUGGAUAUCGAUGAGACCAACGAGGAGAUGUCGAGGAGAGUCCAAGUUCGGUUCGUCACGAAGCUGGCGGCUCCAUUGAAAGUUCCUUCAACUUCGAUUGCCAUUCCUGCCAACCUCACUCGAUUAGGGCUCUCCACCAUCGUCAACAGUUUACUGCAAUCGAAGAACUCGGAGCGGGAAUCUGAGCCUUUCGAUUUUCUGAUUGAUGGAGAACUUGUUCGGAUGUCACUUGAGCAGUUCCUUCUGGCGAAGGGCAUCUCUGCGGAGAAAAUUUUGGAGAUAGAAUAUAUAAAGGCUGUAGCUCCACGAAAGGAGGAAGAGCCUUCUCUACAUGAUGAUUGGGUUAGUGCAGUUGACGGUUCUAAUCCUGGGUUUGUUUUGACGGGCUGCUAUGAUGGUUUAGGAAGGGUUUGGAAGGCUGCUGGAUUGUGCACGCAUAUAUUAGAAGGUCAUAGCGAUGCAGUUACUUCUGUUAGCGUCAUCAAUCCGGAAGGAGAAGAAAGCAUUACUGUAGCCACUGGAUCGAAAGAUAGGACUCUGAGGCUGUGGAAGAUUGAUCCUGAGAGUGAUGCUGAUCUUCCUGGGAAGAUAAGGGCCUUUAAAAUUCUGCAGGGGCAUAAUGCGUCAGUACAGAGUGUUGCAGCAGAGGCUAGCGGUGACAUGAUUUGUUCUGGUGCCUGGGAUUCUUCUAUUAAGUUGUGGCGCACUAGUGCAGUGGAUAUGGAUGGUGAGCAAGUGUCAAUAAAGAAGAGGAAAGUGAAUAAUAAAGAUGAAGAGAAUCAGAUGGAGGAGGAGGCGGUGGCUACAUUAGUGGGGCAUACACAAUGUGUAUCUUCUGUUAUUUGGCCUCAAUUGGGAACAAUCUAUUCCACAUCGUGGGACCACUCUGUUAGGAGAUGGGAUGUUGAGACAGGCAAAGACUCGUUGAAUAUAUUUUGCGGAAAGGUUCUGAACUGCCUUGAUGUUGGAGGUGAAGCUUCUGCUCUCAUUGCUGCUGGCGGUUCUGAUCCCAUCCUAAGGAUAUGGGAUCCCCGUAAUCCAGGAAGCUCAGCUCCUGUAUUUCAGUUUUCAUCUCACACUUCUUGGAUAUCGUCUUGCAAGUGGCAUGACAAAUCCUGGUUCCAUCUACUUUCAGCAUCUUAUGAUGGGAAAGUAAUGUUGUGGGAUUUAAGGACCGCGUGGCCUCUUGCUGUCAUUGAUUCGCACAAAGAUAAGGUGCUAUGUGCAGACUGGUGGAAAAGUGACUGUGUGAUCAGUGGUGGGGCAGACUCGAAACUUUGCAUAUCAUCUGGAAUCCCAGUGCAAUGAGUUCAUGGCUGCUUGACUGGAAGAUGAGUUCACUGAGUGCCAAAACCUUUUGCCGAAAGAGAAACAAGCAUGAGUUGUACGCGGCAAUUGAUCGUGAGGAUUACAUGAUAAUUUUAUGCAUUAUGAUUGUUCUAGACGAUGAGAUGAAACAUUUGUGUAAUCAAGGAGGGUUUUGGAAGCCUCAUUUGGCUAUCCUGCUUGCUCUUUUCCCAUGUCUGAGCUACCAAAUGUGGGCUAGUUUUGAUCGUUUCAUGUGCCGUCAUCCGGUUCAUGGAGCUGUUGGAGGCCGAUGAGGGCUAUCAACUGGCUGGAUCUAGCCGCUCGCCAGUGUUUGUAAUGGCCAAAAGAGGCUGCAUACCACUUGUAUUGAGGGUGAGAAUCCAAGAUUAUGAAAUCUGCCAGGGUCAUUGGGCCAUAACUUGUGGGCUUAAUGGAAA